AUGGCAGGGAAGAAUACUGAGUUGAUCUCUCUUGGUGAAGAUCUUGAAAGGACUUACAAGCAUAUCAUGUGUCUUACCCAAGGAAAUCGAAAAAACGACGAAGAAUACCACUCCUACAAGCAUGAGAUGGUAUUCGACCCACCAACAGACGAUGAGGAAACUUUAGAGAUGGCUGCCGCAACUCUGCUAGGAGUCCCUCGAGAACCUCGGAACGAGUUUCACAUGAGAAAGGAGCAAGAGGGAGUCUGUAAGAACGCCGAAAUGGAAGCUUUUAGGGAGUUUAGAAAGCAGGAUGUGUUGAAGGAUGGGGAGUAUGUAUACUCAAAGCAUGCACGAUACGUGAGACGUGCCACAAAGCAGGCGCGACCUGGCUAG